AUGACUGGUGCACACGAAGACAUCACUAAGCCAAAGUGCAAGAAGUCGCCUUCACAAGUUCCUGUUGUAACUCUCAGAAGACCGUAUUGUACUCCUCUCUAGUACAUGUGGCCAAUGAGACACCCAGCAGCUGAUUGGUUGUCAGAAGAAUGUCCUGCUCAUCCACAGGGUGGGAGCUCCACUUUGGAGCAGGCAGAACAACAGCCAAUAAAGAGGAAGAGAAGGAGCCGCAACCCACCCACUUUAAAGAGGAAGAGGCGAAGCCACAGCCCCCCUAUGUUAAAGAGGAAGAAGAAGAACCGUCGAUCACUCAGGAGGGAGAGCAUCUUCUAGGGCCAGAGAAGGCUGAUUUUGCCAGGUUGCCACUGACUAGUGUCUUUGCGGUGACUGAAGACCCCGAAGAGAAACCACCCGAACCCUCACAGCUUCAUCAUAGUCCAAGUCAAGAGAUGAAAGAGACGAAGCCACAGUCCCCCUAUGUUAAAGAGGAAGAGGAUGAGCCACAGCCCACCAACAUUAAAGAGGAAGAGACAGAGCCACAGCCCCCCUAUGUUAAAGAGGAAGAAGAUGAGCCACAGCCCACCAACAUUAAAGAGGAAGAGACAGAGCCACAGCCCCCCUAUGUUAAAGAGGAAGAGGAAGAAAUCUCGAUCACUCAGGACGAAGAGCAUCUUUUAGGGCCAGAGGAGGCUGAUCUCACCAGGUUGCCAGUGACUGGUGUCUCUGUGGUGACCGAAGACCAUGAAGACAAACCACCUGAGUCCUCACAGCUUCAUCAUAGUCCAAGUGAGGAGAUGAGAAAGGUGGAGCCUUCAUGCAGCAGCUCACUGCAACACAUGACAACAGAAGCUGAUGGAGACCACUGUGGAGGAUCACAAGCAGACAAUCUCUUAGCUCCACUGUCAGAUAGUGACGACACAACGUCACACUCUCCUGAAGAUGAAGACAGCGACUACAACCAAGAAUCUCUGGGCAGCGACACAGACUGUGAAGGUAAUAUGAUUAGUCACGCUGGCAACAAACACUCUGAAUGCCCUAAAAAGAAGACAGGUAAACGUUUUAACUGCUCAGUUUGUGAUAAAAGAUUUUCUUGUAAGAGUAAAUUGGCUCUACACAUGAGAACACACACAGGAGAAAAACCAUUUAGUUGUUCAGACUGUGGUAAACGCUUCGCUCGAAGAAAUAACAUGCAGAGACACAGGAGAAUGCACACAGGAGAAAAACCUUUCAGUUGCUCAGACUGUGGUAAAUGCUUCAGUCAAAAAGCACACAUUCGAUUACACAGAAGAACACACACGGGAGAAAAACCUUUUAGUUGCUCAGACUGUGGAAAACGCUUCACUCAAAAGACAAACAUGCAAUCACACAUGGGAACACACACAGGAGAGAAACCUUUUAGUUGCUCAGACUGUGGUAAACGAUUCAUCCAAAAGGCAGCGAUGCAAUUACACACAACGUCUCACACAGGAGAGAAACCUUUUAGUUGCUCAGACUGUGGUAAACGCUUCACUCAAAAGGCAGCAAUGCAAUCACACAUGAGAACACACACAGGAGAAAUUAAAAAAUAAAUGCUUAUUUGCUCAAAUUGUGGUGACACAUUUUCUUGGAGGUAUUCUUUGAUAAAACACAUGCAGAGUCACUGAUGGUCUACUGUGUGAUUCACCUGAUUUCCUUGCAGUCACUGUGUUGUAAUAUUCUGCAUGUGUCUUUGUUCAAUAAAUACAUCUUGUUUUUA